GUCAUGUUUUCCUUCAGGUAAAACAACCUCUUUAAUAUCUUCUUCUCCUACCACUCAAGUGGACAAUCUAAGGAGUGUUUAGAUAAGACUGCGACGUUGAAGCUCAUUCGGAGCAUCAGACUUCCGAAACAUCACCACCUUCGAUCUUUCCCCCGCGUGAUAUCCUUACUUUUGAAAAAAUGAGUGGUGACCCUGUUCCAUCUUCAUUCGAUGGCAACCCUCAGUUCGAGGAGGAAACUUCUUUGCAGAAGUUCCGUAGACGUCUCAAGGAGGAGCCCUUGAUUCCGCUCGGAUGCGCAGCUACCAGUUAUGCUCUCUACCGCGCCUACCGAUCGAUGAAGGCCGGUGACUCGGUCGAAAUGAACCGGAUGUUCCGUGCGCGUAUCUAUGCCCAAUUCUUCACCCUUAUCGCCGUCGUUGUCGGAGGCAUGUACUUCAAAACCGAGCGACAGCAGCGCAAGGAAUUCGAGAAGAUGGUGGAAGAGCGCAAGAGCCAGGAGAAGCGGGAUGCCUGGCUGCGUGAGCUGGAAAUUCGCGACAAGGAGGAUAAGGACUGGCGGCAACGUCAUGCGGCUAUGGAGACAGCGGCUGCGGAGGCAGGAAAGACCGCUGCUAAGCCUAGUGCUGAGCAUGAUGCUGCUCGCUCCGCUAUCGAGCGUUCCGAGGAGAAGUCUAUGGGUGUGUUAGAUGCAGUGAAGGAGUUGUUGUCGAGGAGGAACUAGGUUUGAUAAGGAUAAGGGUAGCAUUGUACGAUUUUUUUAGGUGGAUGACUUUCAA